AUGUAUAGUAAGAGGGCCGACGUGAUUGAUACUCACCUCGCACAGACUGUAAGCUCAUACGGCGAAGUCUACAUUCCACCAUACGCUACACCGACAUUGGCACUACGGAUCUACAUCCCGAAUCCUUACAUCCAAGCUCAAAGCCGACUCACUCAGUCGACCAUCGAAUCCUCACAGCCAAGCUCAAAGCCGACUCACUCAGUCGACCAUCGAAUCACCAACUCGCAUCGCAUCACAAUGGCGUCUCCACGAUUCGGCCAAUCGCUAGAGAGGUUGGAUAAGCCCGUUUCAACCCCUCUCCCUCCCCCCGCUACCACUCACCCCAGUGGUGUCCCGUCCUCGGCUCGGAGCCACCACCGGCAGACCAAUAGCCGCACAUCCAUUAUCUCGGUCUCAUCCACACGCAGCUCAGACAUUGAGGAACUCCCAGCCUCACAGCCAGCUGUAGGCGAUAUCUCAUGGGUUGCGAGAUAUCAGGAGGCUGCCGAAAUUCCCCUCCUGGACUGCCUGAGGACUGGGUUCUCACUCGCGUUGAUCAACCCGGCGCUACGAUCGACAAUGUUCGGUACAGAGGAGAUGUGUCUACAUUGUAUUCUGUGUGUCGCCUUUGAUGACAAGAGAUCCCUGGUGUUUGAGCGGCCUUUCUGCAAGCCUGGUCCUGGAACGACCUGCCAGCGUUGUGUGGCGGGUAACUUGGCCUGCUUCCGUGCACCACAGGAGACCGCUCGGCGUUCAUCUUCGGCCCUCCUAAGGGACGGACUGAAGCGUCGGCCUACUAUCUCAUACGACGCAUGGCAGGAAGCCUGCUGUUUGAUUGCGCAGAAUGCUGGUGUGGAGGAAGUCGCCCUUCGCCGUCAGAUGGACUGGGACAAUCGAGUCUUCCGGCCACGGGAGAGAGGUGCGGCCAUUCAACUAGACUAG